UUAGUUUCUACAAGAGAAAUGGCUUAUUCUAACCUUGUAUAAGAUAUUUGGAAUAAUCAUAAGAAAAGUAAUGGCGAGUUUAAUAACAUCAAACGUUUGGCGUUUUCCAGACAUAUCUGCUGCUCCUAAUGACUACAAUUGAUUUUGAUAGAUUCGCUUAGUUACAUUAAACACGCGGCUGUACCGGCCAAAUUACAGGUUUUAUAGGUAUAUACAAUUGUUAAAUUGCAACAUCGUAGAUAGGGUUAGCUCAUGCGGUCAACUUCCCAUUAGCAUAAUAACUGUCCAAAAACAAUAGCAACUAGCUUUCUUUAUCAUUCCUAUUCUCUCUCAUGCUACAGUCGUACAGCUGUUUUCGUUGCCUGCAGCAACGACGAACGUGAGAGUCGACAGCCACCAGCAAAGUGCUCGUGGUAGUGUUAGCGACACGCCAACAAAAAAACGAAAGGGUUCAGUGUGUUUGUGAAGUAUGUGUGUUCUACAUGUCAACGUAUUAUGCCUGAGCGAGAAAUUGACUGCCCGACUGGUGAACGACUAAAGCGAACAGGAUAGCGCUACACGACUCUGUGGUUGUUUACUGUUCGCCCUUUGUUGCUAUUGCUGAGACAUGAAUCAAUCCUUAUGGCGAACGGGUGAGUGCUGAGACAACCGCCAUCGUCAGGGCCUCUCCCUUGAUGUUAGCUACCUUGCCAACAGACAGCGGUAACAACGAUAUGGCACUAACAACCACAACGUCCGAAAUAGCUACAGCCAUAACUAAAAACACCCAUCGACACUGCGCCCGGGAACUGUGCGCUUACAGCUACCACUACUACUACUACGUGGUUGUUGCGUGUUAGCCCCCUAUUUCCCUCUCUGCCCUGUUGGUGAGUUUGCCUAUGCCCCUACCUUUCUUUCGACCGUUCGUUCAUUUGUUUGUUUGCUUGCUUGAUCGCUCGAAAAGAGCCGUAAUAGUGGUAGCAGCAACAGCAGCAGUCUAGAAUAGGGGCAGUACACGGUUGGAUCGAGUGGGUAUCGUUACACUCUUACAACUGUACCAAUCGUCACUCGCUCGAUACUCAACUAACGACAGAGGUAUAGCAAUAAUAACAAUUGUUGUUAUUGGCGUUGUUGUUACACAACUGAGUGCGGGUGGCUGUGGCGGCUAUGAUCCUCCCCACCGGUCGGCAAAGCCGUACUCGCCGCCAAUAACAGAAGCGGCUACAGAAACAGCGGAGCGGCAGGCUAAAGAAGCAUCGAAUGUCCGGCAACCAACGUCAGCCUUCCUCCCUCUCAGAUAUCACGUACACACACAUCUUCACAGAACAAACCCAUCUAGCCAUAGACAGUGACAUAGAAAGGUACGGACAUACACACAUACAAAAACAGACAGCCACUCACUCACUCUUGGAUGACGAUGGUGACAGCGACAGCAGAUGGUGUGUCAGCGGCGGCUUGCCUCGUUCCUUUAUUAUAGUAGCUUUGGUAUGUUCUAAUCAUUGCCAUGGCUUUCGCCAUACAACUGCUGGAGGGAGCCCAGUCAGUGCUCUCACUCAAAAUAUUAGUUCUUAUGUCUGACCGCCUCUUACGCCCGCUCAUAUCUUUAUACUCGCUAUACUAAACACACCGCUUGGCUGCGGUUAUUGCAGCAAUGGCCGUCAUUUUGGCGCUGUCAUUUACGUAUCUUGGACGAUUUCAAAUUUUCCCGCCUGAAAGACGUCAUAACGGUUGCAAACUUCCACGUAGAGUUAGUCGCUCAGUUAUAUUUUUGUUUUCCGAGUUGGUUAUGGUGGUACUGAUGGCGGUGGUGUGUUGUUUAUCGUGUGCUCACGCAGUGUGAGUAGCUGCUGUGUGGCGCCGCGGCUGCUGUUGCAGUCGCGACUUCGACCGUAGAGCAGGCACAGUCCAGCAGCCUGCGUAUAACAAACAGAGCAAAAGACCCAAAGACACAUCGACAGACACACAGACCUUUUUCAAUUGAAUAAUUUUUGUGUCAUAUUGUCUAUGAGCGCGUUGUUUUCCAACGGAUUUCUGUACUUUAGUGUAUUUGUUGUCGUUGUAUGUGGACGUCUAUUUGUGGAACAAUACUAAACAGUGGCCUUUCUGAGGGCCAUAAGAGGCCCGGCAGAGCGAGUAAUGAGUGAGGUGGUCGGCGAGCCACUAAUGGCUCAGGUAGUACCCCCGGCUGCAGCAACAACCGACCAUUCAAUUAUCGUUUCUGUGGCUGACGUGAAACAUAGCCAGAGUAAUAGCCCUCCGUCGAGGGCUAGCACCCUACCUUAUACGCAUGACAGUGUUUUGGGUACAGGAACCCGGAUUUCGUCAACUACACUGGAUGAGGGGGGACCUCCGCUGGCGCGACUGGAGGGUCGCGAGUUUGACUUUGUCGUCCGGCAGCCUCGAGUCACGAUAGGACGCCAUUCAGCACAUGGUGACGUGGACAUCUCCAUGGCAAACUCAUCAUUCAUCUCACGUAAACAUAUCGAAUUGUUCCACGAGGGAGACCACUUCUACAUGGUGUGCAAUGGCAAAAACGGCGUGUUUGUCGACGGCGUAUUUUGCCGCAAGGGGGCGCCACCAUUGCAACUGGCGCGAACUUGUGUGCUUCGGUUCCCUUCUACUACAAUUAAAAUAAUGUACCAGAGUCUUCUGGAACCAUCGUCGCCUCCUACAAGUACACUUACAAAAGAAAUUUCCCUUCCCUUGGCAUUACGUCUAAAACAGGAUCCUUUUCAAGGAUGCGCACCAACGGCAGUUUCACCGGUAUCACGCGGUUCGCACGGUUCGGUAGGUGUUGAACCUCUCGCUCUUACAACGAGCACAAACUGUCCACGAGCUCAAGUAGUUCCGUCGCUAUUUCCCGGGUUACCUAGUGGGGCUAUACGUUUACAACCUCUGAAAAUUCACAUUCCUCAUGAGGACCUUAUGCGCUCCCCAUGUCCUUCGCCUAGUGGUACUAUCUCAGCUGCUAACUCAUGUCCAACAUCUCCACGUGGGGGGGUCUCUCUAUCAGGCUUGGCAGCAGGCUUUCACCAGCGAAAUCUUGUUGCAAAUGUAGCUGCAGCAGCUCAACAACCACAGAUGGAAGUUACACGAUCUCAAACUAUAAGCCACAAUAAUAACAAACAACAACAGCCGCAAACUCAUCCGUCGAUAAAAACUGAACGCGCGUCGACGCCUAGUGGAACCUCUACCUCGGGAAGCGCAGGACCAGAUGCAGAACAGAAGCCUCCAUACAGCUAUGCUCAACUGAUUGUGCAGGCUAUAUCAUCCGCUCAAGAUAAACAACUUACGCUGAGCGGCAUUUACUCGUAUAUCACCAAACAUUAUCCCUACUACCGGACCGCGGACAAAGGUUGGCAGAAUUCUAUUCGACACAACCUUUCGCUAAACCGGUACUUUAUGAAGGUUGCUAGAUCCCAGGAGGAGCCGGGAAAAGGUUCAUUUUGGCGCAUAGAUCCAAGCUCGGAAGACAAGCUGGUUGAGCAAGCCUUCCGGCGGAGACGACAGAGAGGUUUACCCUGCUUUAGGACUCCGUAUAGCGCCGGCUCAACUCGUUCGGCUCCCACGUCCCCGAACCAUGUAUCAGCCAGUCACGUUAACCAUGCGUUGCCGCAACAUCAUACCGGGGGUAUGGCCACACCGGACUGUCUAAGUCGUGAACCUUCUCCUUUAUCUGCUCAAGCGACUCCUGCAAACCUGUCUCUUGCGCAUCAUUUUGAUCUGCCUCAGGAGCUCGUAAUGGAAGAACAGCUAGUAACGCGAAAUUCUGCAGUACCUGUGGUAGCUCCACUGGGAACACUUCAGCUACCGCAUGACGGUCAGCAGCUGUAUUCCGGUGACGGUAAGACGCUUUUUGUAGCGACCAGUCAGCCUCUACCACCUCAGCUGGUACAACAAAGGACACCAGCUUCUAAUGGAGAAGACCGCAUCAUUAUCCAUAGCGCAUUGCCGGCGCUAAACAAUAACAGUGUGCUGGUUAACAAGGAAAGUAAUGGCUUAAUCUAUCAGCCGACAGUCAUUGUACAAGCACCGCCUUCUUCAACGUCUGCUUCACCUGCGGGCACGGCUCUACCUGCUCCAGUUCCCCUCAUCGUACACCAUAUAGCUACCUCCACGCCGGCACCAACAGGUUCCAUUGAACCUCUUGAAGAGUCAAUGCACGAAGUACCGAAGCAGGAAGGCAGUCCUUCAAGACACAACGAGCAUUCAGAUACUCCAGUUUUGUCCGGGUUUGCACAGCAGAGGACUGUCGUCGUGCAGGUACCUCAGCAGCAGCAGCAGCAGCAGCAGCAGCAGCAGCAACAACAACAACAACAACAGUCUCUUAGGGAGGUGGAGCACCCUGCUUAGUGCUAUUUACAUCAUGAAAACUCUAGGAUUAUUAUAACAAUAACGAAAGUAAAAAUUCAACAGAACCUGUAUGAUUUGCUUCGGCAGCAACAAAGUGAAAGUGGACAAAUGAGGUCUAACAUAGCGGCUAGCCAUCGUUGGCGAGGUUUAGUGAUAUUUCCAAGAAGACAAAAGUAUGUAGUAAAUGGUGUUAGGGGAAAUAAGACCUUAGUCCACUGGAAGGUCGGUUGUUGCUUUGUCUGCGCGUAGUGCCAUGACGAGAAUGAUCGUAAAAACGACAAAUGGCGCGAGGAUCUCGUUUAGUAACAUCACCUCAGGGUCACCUUUAAUGCGACAUUUAGUGCUCGAGAUGGUAAUAAUAGAAGUGCGAAAGAUUGAGUGUUGUCGCUAAACACUCUUUGACGGCAGGGAUAAAAUCAUUGUGUUUACGGAUUUUUUUUUUUAAUCUAAUUCUGCAUUAAUGCUGAACGAUAUUGAGCUAAAACGUGUUGCAAUGCGCCAUCUAGUAACUCUGUACGCAACUGGUCGUUCGCAAGCUUUUCGUUUGGGUAGGUGGCGCAAGGCAGCUGUAGAAACUCGGCCACUGAUGCAGCUGACAAAGCUGUUCAUUGGACUUUGGUUUCGUUCUAUAUAUAUAUAUAACAAAAGGGGAUAAAGACGCGAAGUGGGAGAGGAAAAGGAGGCACACACUGACAGAGAGCAGGAAAAAUGUUAUUGCUUACGAGCUUAUGGGGUCUAGUUGGAUGUAAUAACACCGCUUACAGAUAGUGUCUAUCAUUGGUAUCAGUAUGUAUCAAUAUGUUGGUCGUUACUAUUAUCAUCGUACUGUUCGCAGUCCAAGGUGAAACGUAUAGGGAUAGUAUAGAGGCAAACCAUAUGAUUACUGAGUCUAGUGAUUAUGACAUGGGCAUUGAUUUGUUUUUUUUUGUUUAGAUAAAUUCUUACACUGAUCUGUGCGAGGCAUGUAGUAGUUCCUCUAUAGAUCCUAUAACCUGAUAGGCUCCGCAAGCUUAUGUGAAGGCUGAGUCAAACCCUAUACGUUAAAUGAAGAGGAACCUGCACAACCAGAAAGAAUUGUGAUUACAGGUUAAUUGCUUCAAUACAUAAAUAAUCGCCAAAAAGUGCUGAUAGCGAAAAGGACUUGUUAGACUCUUAGGAAAUACCGGUCACAGUCUUUGAUAAAUUCCCAUGAGCAAGGUCAUUGGCAUAGGUAUCGCGCCCGACAACGCCGAUAUAUUUUAUGGUUCUACAAAAAUUAGUCAAGCGAGCUAACUAAAUCUCAAUGUUAUUGGCAAUGCGGGGCGGACAAAACUGUGUGUGUAAUACACAGUCGAAUUCAAUUUAACAACCACGCAGAGAACUCGUGUUUCUCUAUUGUAUGUAAGUUUGAAAAUGGGUUUCGGCAUUAUCAUAAAUUAAUAUCCAUGUAUUCGGAAUAUGACAGCGAUUGAAUUUAGAUCACAUACUGAUUGUCCUCGGCUAUAAUGAUUACUAACUACCGUUUUUCUUUGUUUUUAGAAAUACCCCCUAACUAUUCGAACCAAUAAGAGUUGAAACUGAAAUACUCUGUUGGCAGACAACGGAACAAGUAGCAGCACCAUUUUAAAAAGUUUAUAUUAAAUAUAAUUUCGCUCGACCUUCGUACUCAAACCUUUCGCUUGCUCAAAGCUUUUAAGCUGUUUAUCUGAAAGACAAACUUUAAAGAAAACGGUUGUAAUAAUAAUAAGCCGAUAAGGAGCAUAAGGGGACAUAUUUUAGAUCAUAUUUGACGCUGAAGUUAAUGUAAUAUAUUUAUGAUCUACCUAAUCUAAAUUUUCACGUUUUUUUUCUUACUCAUACAUGAACCCAGUCGCCUUAUACAUUUUCAAAAUUCCUGUUGAAACAUCUAUGACAGACCAUUCUACUUCGUAUUUGUCACAUUUUGGCUGUUUUAGGGCACAACGAACUUGCAUAGCUUCAAACCUUCGCGUUGCUAAUUCAUUUUACAAUAAUACCGCACUGCUACCAAUUUGGCAAACUCUGAUCAAAAAACGUUAUUAUCGAACUUGUUUGUUUGUAGAAUAUAAGGCUAAACAACGCAUGCAUAUUAAUCAGUCUCACCAACAUAGUUAACUCUAGGAAGAACUAAAUUUUGUAAGCUUGCGUCGAUCCAUUUUUCAUAACUUAGCCUUACUGCUUAUUGUCUCCAACAAAGAGGGUUAUCAGAUCAUAAAAAUCUCUCUCGUGUUCACUAGACAAGUGACUUUUGAUAAUUAUGCAUAUGACAAUAUUUUGCUUUGCUACGGUCAGUUAUCAUUAUAAUGUGCUAUCUGUAAAUUAGUUUAGAAAGUGUAUUUGUUUCAACUAGACGCACUCUAUAUUUAUCCAGAUUUACCUGUGAUUAUUGUUCGACAGGUAUACAGGAGCAUACUACAAAUAGCUAUAUUAUUGUGUUGCCUCGACAGGUAUAGUUGUGGAUUUGCCACGAGAAUGACGAUGGUAUGGAAUGACCGAUUGAUGUAGUAACUAGCAGUUGCAACACCACCAGUGCGAAAAGGGCAAACUAGGUGAAGUUUAGUUUAAUGCUUCAGAAGGGCCCUCAUCUGUUUCUGUUGACACCGUCUCCAUCAUUGAUGGUGGUGUCGUCGUUAUUGUUAUAAGCGUUUUGGUUGUUGUCAUAACUAGUAAUGUUGUUGAUGCUGUUAUAGUCGUCCUCGAUGUUUGAUUUCGAUGAAAAACCACUGGUAUAGUCUAGCAACAGCUAUAAUACCACGUAACCACUGUUUUCGUUUAUUCGAGACCUCCAUCAUGUGUGAUUGACAGGAGACGUUCGGAUUUUGGCGGCGUCGACGAAAUACUACAUGUUCCUCUUGCCACUACUCACUACGAUUGUUGCUGAUAUUUAAACGAAAAGCAGCUCAUAGGGUUGUUAACCAUUCCCAUAAUGCACUGUCGGCAUAAUCAGACCUGAGCUACGCCUCCGUCCCGCCGUAUCUGGGAGCAUAAACCUUUGUGUUCUGUUCUCCACACAGAAGCCAUUUCUAUCGUUAUCUUGGUAGUGACAGUCUUUUGGGUCGGUCAAGCUACUUGUGAGACACCUUAACGAAUGAUAUAUAUAUAUAUACAUAUAUAAUUUUUAGUUAUUGCCUAUACAUAACACAUGCCGUGUUAUGUCCUUUAGCGAAACGCUCAUUAGCCUUGACGUACCUAUGUUCAGAUUUAUGAAGGGGGACCAUCCCGAGUAUCAGUAUAGUCAUAAUACAAAAAUAAUUCUGACGGUACUAAGCACCACAAUGUAAAAAUCAUGCUAUUAUGCUCACCUAAUGCAUCUGUUGUCGAUUAUUAUUAUUACAGUGCUUGUAUUCUUUCCCCCAUUUGCCCCAUCCGAUUAGUUGUAGAGCUUUCAACUUCGUUGUUUACCAAUCCAUUGUACUUGUAUAUCGUUUAACUUAUAUUUAUUCUUUAAAUACCUAUAAUUACAGCCAUACAACGUGUCCAUUAUGACAGCCUAGUCGUACAGUGCCUUAAGUUGUCACCUCUUUGGCCACUGCUAUUGUUUUUGAAUCCCCGUCUCCUACGCUGGCGUGUAUGUUGUUUAUAAUCACGCUAAUAACACCACCGAAAUAGCGGCACAGAGAUCUGGCGUAAGGGGAAGACCAAAGCUUGCGGCGAGUAGAUAACAAUGGGCACAUAACAUUAUAGAUCUGUCCUCUGGAACCUCACUGGGUAAGUGCUGAUUAAGACAAAGGCGAUCAUCAUAUAUGGAGGAAAUGAAAAACGCAACCUAAGGGAUCAUGUUUCACAAUGUUUAUGGCACCCAUGAGAAUCAGCGUAUGGACAUACGUCGUCAUGGAUCGCGGCAAUUGCAAAAUUAAGUCUUCUAUAUAGACCUAUCCCUUAUAUCAAAUUAUAAUGAAUGUCGUGAGCAUAUUUACGACGAAUUAUCACUUAGUCUUGUAAACAUAUAUAUAUAAGAGAAAAUUAUUUAUUACUUACUAAGUAUAGUGAUUAGACGGAAAAUUACCGUGUUGAUAUUUCGUUCAAACACAACAACGGCAGCAGAUAGUAUCAUACCAACAUGCAACAGAUCGAGUUUUUUCGAAUUCUGAUCUAAAAUUCGGUAGAUGUCUACAUAUUGGCUUUCUGGUCUUCAGGAGUAUCGUUUCUCUCCUAUUCAGCUAGAUGUAGCAAAUGUAUUAAUUGUGAUAGUGAGAGAGGAAAAGGUUAAGUCAAGAAAUAGGCAUAUAUUGUGUCCGUGUGCGGUCAUUCACCAUUAUUAUUGAUAUCUUUUAUUUGGAGAACAUACAAAAAAGACCCAAAUGAGAUAUAUUAGUAGAACCAUGUCUGGUGUGCGGGGGAAUACGGUGAACUAACUAUAGCGCAUAUAGCAAGUAAAUCAAUUUAGUAGUCAAAUACUAAAGACACUAGGGAAGUCAAUGUGUACUAGUUAGUAAUUAUUAUUAUUGAUAACCGUUAUCGACGUUUCAUUUUGUUAUCCUUCCAAGAGAUAGAAAAAUACAUUAUUAAAUGGAGUGAAAAUAUUGUGGGGCUCGUUUUCUUCAUAACAGAGAAUUAUUUAAAUAGGUUUAGCGCCGUCCCCUUACUUUUUGGGGUAAAAAUUUUAGUGAAUCGAGUUAUACGAAUUAAUACGGCACUAUACGUAGAUGACGAAUAGACCUUGUUAUAGUACUGUCAUUGAGUUGUGCUAUUAACUAAAUAUACAAAACGUAUACACAUUGUAAACGCAUUGAUUUUAUUAUCAGUCAAUGCAUCAUCUAUUAUCAAUACCGUUAUUGAUCUAAUAAAAUGAUAAGCAGAAUAACCAAUCAUGAUGAUAGCUCUAUUAAAAGCACUAUUAAAUAAGAAAUUAUCUAAACCUAAUAUAUGAUUAUAUACUAUAUCUCUCUCUUUCUCUCUCUCUCUCUCUCUAUAUAUAUAUAUAUAUAUACAUGUUUAGUAGGAUUUUGCAAUUGACUAUUAAUCUAAGCAGGGAGCUCGAAAGCGAACCUGUGUGCGAUCCAAAGGAAACACAAGUGAAGUUGGACAAAAAGGCAAUUAUUGGAAAUUGAUGAUAUGGGGCGAUGUAGGCUCAUUGAUGACAAAAGGAAAUGUAGGUGUUGUACACGCAGAGAGAAAUAAAAUAGGAUGUGUGUAAAAACUGUUCUCAAAACGGGCAGUAGCGAUAAAGAAGUUAAAAUUAUUACACUGUUGAUGACCACGUCGAUAUAGUGACGACAGAAGAAAUAAACAUGUCGCUCACCACAAGAUUAACUCUAAUUCAAUAAAUUACAAAAUAAAGAGGCAAGCCACAGCUGAGCCAUAAUAUAACUGACUUCUUUUAUCUAGAUAUGCCUAGUGGUCCGCUCCUCCUCCGCUGAUCUUCAUUUCUGGUACCAAACAAAAGUCAGUUCUUUCAAAAACAACAAACCACAAACUCAUUAUGGGGAAAAACAAAGCUUCGUCUUCUGAACCUUGGCGAAAAUCUGCUUCUAUUCGGCCUCUUCGCGCUGGGCGAAACGUCAACGGGACGAAAAAACUCCCGCUUUUGUACAAAAUCGAUGAUCUACGUUACUGCCAGUUUUUAUACAGCUUUUAAAAAAUGCGAAGAAGACUUCCGAGAUGCAAACCAGAAGACCUCCAGAUAAGUUCCUAAAGUUAAUUUUUUUGAAGCUUUUGGUGCCUUCUUGCACCUUUAGAACUUCUUAGCAAUCUACUGUCAGGUCAAAAUUAAAUUCUACUAGAAUUUUUAUGUGCGGCGUAUUUAAGCGACACUGUCGCGAGUUUGUCUAUCAGUACUAUUUGACGCACGCACAAAUACUUUUGAAAAGUUAUUUAUCGAUUAAAGAAAAAUAUUUCAAAGGCGACUAGUGGUUGUU